AAUAAAGUGUCACCAAUACCCACAACUCAGUGGCAUUUCUGUAAUUAGAUUGAGAAUUGCUGUCUAUUUUGGGUAAUCAACCAACAAAUUGGUUCUAUAAAUUUCAUCAGAAUCAGAUAUACGUUGCUUCCAUUCCAUCCAUGUUAGAUUUGCUUUUGGCAACACUUUCUAGCUGUGGUAGUACUGGAAGAGAUUGGAGAUGACAAAAGGUGUUAUGAGAAAUACUAGUGCUGCACAGGGACUUUGCAUGGUCUCCAUGGGUUUGGGCUUGAGUUUGAUCUUUGCUGUUUUCUUUGUUGUGGGAAUUCAUGGUUCUUCGGAAAUGACUGGUGGUGAUGCUGCUGGCUUUCAAGAAAUGGUCUUUUCCAAGCAAAAUUAUACUGCCUUUGCUCGUAAGCUACUGACCAUGACCAUGGCUGAUGAUAAUGGCGACGACGAUGGCAAUCCAAUGAACCGGGUUGGCGCGACAUGCUCAAAGGAUGACAUUGCCAUAUUCCAAGGACCAACAGCUCCACUUCCCAACGGCAUACCAACCUACACGGUUCAAGUCAUGAAUGUCUGUGUCUCUGGCUGUAGUGUCUCCAACAUCCACCUGAGUUGUGGGUGGUUCAGCUCUGCUGAACUAAUCAACCCUCAACUGUUCAAGCGAAUCUGCUAUGAUGAUUGCCUUGUCAACAACGGGGAGGCUCUAGGCCCCGGAGAAAGCCUUUCUUUCCAAUAUGCUAAUAGCUUCAGCUACCCUCUUUCAGUAUCCUCUGUUACUUGUGGCUGAUGGUUUGUGCUACCAGAUGUUCACCUAACUAGAAAGGGUUGUAAAAGGUGUUCUACUACUACUACUACUACUAAUCUCUUGUUUAUGACAAGUGUAUUAAAUGUACGUGAUAAAUAAUCAUGACAAUAAUGUGUAGAAUAUCUAACUAUAUGUUAUCUAUUGUAAUGAUCUACCACGUUGUAAUAAUGUGGGGAUUCAUGUAUUUUAAUUCUCUAGUUAAGUUCUUCUUAACUUUUUUAUUUAAAAAAUCGAGAGGCUUAGGGGUUGGUUGUAUGGAUGCGAGUAGCAGUAGUAGGGGUAUUUUUAUACUUCCGAAUCUCUCUCGAUGCAUCUCAUCUUCCUGUACCUUUAAUUUUAUGCUAUUAAAUGAAAUUUCUCUUUGCUGAUCAAAAAAAAA